AUGAAGUUCGCCAUCUCUACUGCUGUCCUCUACCUCGCAGGCCUUGUGGCUUCAGCCAGUGUUCUCCCUUGCCAGUCCUGCCUGCAAGCUACAAGGUUCGGCAUCCUCACCGUCUCAAGCCCGACUGGUGCUACUUCAUACAACCCAGGCGACGAUAUUCACAUCAAAGUUGAUCUCACCUGCACUGUCAACUAUUUUGGCAUCGUGCCCACCUAUCUCAACUACACCAUCGUAGUCCCCGCAUCCGAGAAUAAUGGCCACGAGCCCCCCAUUGUGCUAGCGCAUCACAUGAUUCUGGCUGGGUCUCUUUCGGAUGAGUUCUCAACUCAGAUCCCAUAUGCGUUCUAUUUCUCUGGCACACCAUACACUGUCGUGUUCACAAACACUUAUCCUAUCAAUGGCACCGACGGAAGUCAGGUGUUGAUACAGGGGGGAUUAUCGCAGGUCACGGCUGUCGCGCCACCUUUCUUGGGCUGCGUCAUAGUGGCUACCGACAAUGUCAUAACACUGAGCUGGGUUUUUAUACUCAUCUGGGAUACACUCUCUCUCUUCUUGAUGGUCAUUCCUGCUGCGAAGGCAUAUAAUUUUGGGAGUGGAAGUCAGUCGGUGUUAUUCAAAACUAUUUACAGCAAAGGGAUUACAUACUACUUCUACAUGUUUGUUCUCUCAACUGUAAACCUCCUUCUGAGCUGGAAUAUAUUGAUUCCUGCCCCUUAUCAGUUCCUCGCAGUAGGAAUGUCCCGUUCCUUGCACGCGGUCUUCACGAGUCGAGUUCUGUUGCACAUCCGCGCCCAGAGCAGUCGAACGGAAACAUACAGACCUGAUGAUAGCUUUCAACUUCUCGAAGACAUGGGACCCCGAAAGCCGAUGCGACUCCAGAGGGCGUCGGUCGGCCUGUGCUUCAAAUUCCCGUCGAUGUCCCGCAACACACCUGCAGCGCGUUCCAACUACAUUUCCAGCUAG